AUGGCCAGCAGCGGGAGCCAGCCGGGUCUGGAGGGACAGAAGGCCCUGGAACUGGCAGCUUUGCGGGGGAACCCCGCACAGGUGGCCGUAUUGAGGCGCUACAUGAGCUCUGGGCGCUUGGCAACGUCUACGAUGGAGACAGAACGGCCGCGAGCCGAACUUUGGGGCCGUGCACUUCGUGCCGCAGUGAGAAGUGGGAACGAGGCGGCAGUGCAUGAACUCCUCUCUGAGGAUGCACCGGCGGCGAGCCUGGUGCUGGGCCAAGCCCUGGUGGAGGCAGUUGCAUACGCGGUCUGUCUAGCAGGGGGGGGACGACUAUUUCCUGGAGCCAUGGCCUUCGCUGGGCCUCCGCUAGCUGAUUUGGUGCUGCACCUGGGCAGCACCAUUCUCCCGGGACGCUGGGAGCCGCUUGCCAGCCACUUGAACGUCCCGCGUCAUGACGUGCUUCAGAUCAGCACGUCGCGAGACGUGGAUGCCGCGUUCGUCAGCUUCGCCUCGAUCUCGAAUUGCAAUUUGGUCGUCGUCGAAGCUGAGCGACGCACUGCGUGGCUCAAAUAUGUGGCUGCCGAUCCUCGGGACGCCUCCAGUGGGAUUGCAUCUUACUACGAUCUUGCGGAACGGCAUGGCUACCAGGGCUUCUGCCGCGCGUGA